CUGCUGGCGAUAUGGAGCGAGUCAUGAGAUCUAUUAGUGUCAGUAUUCCAACACUGAUAAUACUAUUCGUAUCUAAUUACAUGGGACAAAGAGUUACGGAUGCGAGCUCGAACGCAUGCGAGAAGGUGUACAAUUCUGUGUGGUACAGUGCAAGUGCUUCAGAGCAGAAAUUAUUAUUGUUAAUAAUGAAACGACGCUUCCACCCGCUUAUCUUAACUGCAUGUAAGUUUUAUGUGAUGUCUUUGCAGAAUUUUGGAAUGAUACUUCAAACGGCGAUCUCCUAUUGUAUGUUCAUGAGACAACUCUGAAAAUGUUUCUAUCAAAAUGUUAGCUAGGUAGAAGUAAUGUAGAAAAUUCACGGAAAUU